AUGAUCCUUUCAACAAAACAAGAAUUGCUGCAACAAACUAAAAGGACAGUAUUCAUCUUCAAUGUAUGUUUACCACCAACAAAACAAGAAUUGCUGCAACAAAUUAUAAGGACAGUAUUCAUCUCCAAUGUAUGGUGUAAUGCACAUAUGCGAUGUCCCACCGAAAAAUUGCCAGAAAAUUAUGGAUUGACAAUAAUGGAUAAUAAAUAUCAAUAUUAUUGGUUUGAUGGUCCCCAAAGCCCAUCUUACGAAGAAUUAUCUUCUUACUUACAAGAAUCAGACGUCACUAACGAACAAAGUGAAGAAGAGGGAGAUGAAGAUAAGACUGAUGCUGUUGACGAAGAUGAUGAAGAUUUAUCCGAUGAAUCUGAUGAAUAUUAA